AUGAUGUUCACCAAGCUCUCUCUUGCUGCUACCUUCGCUCUCGCGGCCUCCGCGCUUCCCCAGCCGUUGCAGUCGAGCACCACCAGCUCCGCAACCGCCACCUCGAGCAGCAGCAGCGCUAGCGCCAGCUCCUCUUCUUCCUCCAGCGGCGGGGGCAGUGUCUCCAUCGUCAACAACAUGAACAGCACUGUCUACCUCUGGUCCACCGCCACCACCACCGGCUCCAGCAGCAUGCAGUCCCUGUCUUCCGGUGGCGGCAGCUACUCCGAGGACUGGCAGACCACCUCCGACGGCGGCAUCUCCAUCAAGCUGUCCACCACCACGGAUGAAAGCAGCGUCCUGCAGUUCGAGUACACCACUGACGGUGACACCCUCUACUGGGACCUGUCGUCCAUCAACCUGGACAAGGACUCCGCCUUCGUGACCGCGGGCUUCUCCGCUAGUCCCUCGGACUCGAGCUGCACCUCCGUCACCUGCUCCGCCGGCGACUCGGAUUGCUCCGCCUCGUACCAGCAGCCCGAUGAUACCGAUACCAACAGCUGCACGACUUCGUCGGGCAUUACUCUCACUUUGGGCUAA